CUUUUGGUGGAAAUUGUGAACCGCAGCCAAUGGGAGCUGCAAGCUCCAUGGCUACAGACACUUGAAGUAAACAAAGUGGUGUGGUUCUGCCAGCAGUUUACUCUGGCAGCCCCGUGACCCAAGCUUGAAAAAUGUUGCUCUAAGGUCCCUGUGCCGCUCAGGUUUGACCCAGUGGACUUUAUGACAUGAGUAUUGUCAUAGCCACCCCACGAGCCAGGUCACAACUCUACUCCAAUGAAUUUGGUCCAGUCAGUGGGCUGGGGCAACCCAAGUGCAGAGUUUUGGAAGGGUAGGGGAAGCAGAAGCCCUGCACAGCUUGCUUUUCAUCCCUGUCCCUGGACUGUCAGGGAGUGAGGGGAAAGUAUUUGCAUUCUGAGCUUGCCUCUCACCCCUGGCUGGUGAGGGAGCUCACUAGGUGGAUGUGAGAGGAAUGCACGGAAUGCAAGUACUUUCCCCUCACUCCCUGAUAGUCUGGCAAACAAGAUGAAAAACAAGCUGCAUCCCGGAGCACAAGGCAGCUUGCCCCCCUUACUAUCCUGAAACUCUGUCCUUGGGCAAACCUGAGCAGCACCGCAACCGGAGGUUGCAAUUGUUAGAACAGAGGGCCAAGUCUAACCUGCCCCACAGUACAGGAGCUGCUACUGUGGGGUGAGUGCCAAGUAGCACCAAAUUCCCCUGGUGGGCAGGAUUUAACCAAAACCAUCCCGUGGCCCCCAGCUAUUUAACUAGGUUGCAGCAGGCCAUAAACAUUUACAAAUGGCUCUGGAAAACAAAAACUACUGCUUUUGUUUGUCUGUACCAAACAGUGACUUUUUCCUGGAUGCUCUUCUGAGAACUGAGAAUGAUUCCACAUAGUUGUUCAAACCUCUUGCUGUGUUCUGGUUUUUGACCGUCAGUGAGUAGGCUGCCAAAUCUGUAGGUUGUUUUCAUUUUUAAUAAUGCUUUUAGUCUCUGCUAAGUUAUUCUUACGUACUGAUUAAAUCUUUCUAAAAUAAACCACUCAUUUCUCCCACUUUUUCCACCAGGUAUUUUAGAGAGAUGUGAUUUUAAUUUGUAUACAUUGUUGCACUGACUUUCCUUUUUGGGAACCAGGGAAGAGCUGGAGAAUCACACGGUUCCCAUGAGCCAUUAUAAAAAGAGGAGGAAUCUACUUUAUGAAUCACUGGGUUAUUUUUUGAAAACCGUUUUGGAUUAAAAUGACUCAUUUAUUUAUCUUCUUUAGCCAGGGAAAUACAGUUUUUAGCUAUUGUGCCAAGCAUAUAGCAUUACAAUAUAUGUUUAUACCACUAAGUUUUAGCCCUGCAAAAUGGAAAAUAUUUAUUCUAAUAUACCUCCCCCAGGCACUUGGCAUCUUGAUACUUAAAAAAGGUAAGGCAAAACCAGAAGCAAACUUCACCAUAAAUUAUAAAUCAACAGCUACCUCUAUAUAGGAAAAAGAUAUCAAUAUUUCUCCCUUCUCCCUGCAUCUGGUAUCACCCUAUAGAGGACCAUUCCAUCCCAUCUUUACUCUCUCCUGCACCCAAAAGCCAGUUAAAAGGUGAGCUUUGCAGCAUACCCCCUGAAGGUCAAUAGAUAUAGCCUAUUUCAGAUUGGCAAAUUUGAAAGUUGGGGUGUUUUCACACUGUCCCUCCCUGAAGCUUCUCUUUUAAAUCAGGGAAUCUGCACCUUGAAUACCCCGAUCUCAGUUGUUGCAUUAUGGCAGAGAGGAGUGGGUCUCUCAGGGCCCCAGGGCAUUUAAUAAGGCUUUUAGGUGAAAAUUAACAACUGAAAAGUGCUCCCAGAAACCCAAAGGCAGCCUGUGAAGACAAUGAAGCAUUCAUGAUAUGUGCUUGAGGUGAGAAACCCUCCAUAAAAAGUAGGCUGCUGAAUUCUGCACUCCAUUUUCUGAAGAGUUCAAUUCAAGUAGGAGAAACACUGUAAAAGUCUGACAGUGAGUUGCUAAAGCCAUAGAUACAGUGAUCAAGCCCAAAUCCAAAAUAAAAGGUCACACCUUCUUGGUUAGCCACAAAUAAGAGAAAGCUGUGUAGCCCCUGUUGUAACUCACUCAUCCUUCAGUAAUAGGGAAUCCAAUCAGAUUCCAGGAAAGCAAACACAAAUUACAAAUGGUGGUCAGAUUCCUUUAUUUGACCUUCUAUUUGCUUUUCUCACUUAACCAGCAUCACCUGUGUCUUUGUCUGGAUUGAUACUCAGUCAUCUCACUAGUGACUAGAUGGUGUUCAUCUCACCCAGUCACUGGAAAAGGUAUUCAUCUGCACCACCAAAGGUGGAAGAGGGGAAAUCAGUAAAGCUGGGUUGCAAAUAAUUGCAUAUUGAAGAGACCACAACCAGUGUUUCCUUGUUUUCCUUCUAAUAGCCUUGCAUUCAAUCCAGAACCUAGCAUGAGAGUAAGCUGGGUGAAAAGGGGUAACCACCCAUACCUCUGGAAUGUCACUGGAGCCCUGUCUAUUUCCUGUGCUUUGCAAUCAACUGUGUCAAAAACAGUUAAUUUUAUAAUACUGGCCUGGACACUUGUUUCUCACUGAUCACCAAAGUAGCCAUUAUGCACACCUAUAUUCACAGCCAAGGAAUUCUGACAACUAGAUAGUGAGAGGGCCUGCUAUAACACAAAUUUCAAUAAUCUUAACCACAAAGGGUAGAUUAGAUACAGAGCAGUGAUUAGCCCUGUUGUCAAGAUCAAACCAUGGGAUCCUGAAAAUAGCCUGUACCUGUCUUUCCUGAAGAGGGGCUAGCAGCUGCCCUCUUUAAAAGAGGCACUGCUGUAUUAAUUUAGAUGGAAUAAAUGGGCCAGAGAGGUUAACAUAAACCCAGUCACUGUCCAACAUUAAACAGUGUUAAAUAUGGUUCAGGGUUUGGCAUACAGAAACUGCAGGUUGAUUAGUACCAUAGCAACCACACAAUUAAAAAUCCUUUAACUCCAUAUUGAAGACACAGAAAAGAAGUAACAAUAGUUAAAGCAUUUGAAAUGUAAACUAUUCAGACUUUUAUUUUAACAGCAUCUCUUCUUUCUUUUCCCAUUAGCUGGCGAGAGUUUUUGAAAGAACCUCUCCCCCACUGCUCUUGGGUGACAGUUACUUAGAUGGUGUCAAAGAUGAUUCCUACCAACUUUGGGUGUAGUUUGCUGACAGCUGCUAUGGAUAAGAUUGAAGAACAGUUUGCUAAUCUGCGCAUAGCAAAACGUGCACUAACUGAAGACCCUACUUACUUACUGGAUAUAGAUGUUUCAAAAUCUGUGCAAGCAGAAAGCAACCACUUAGUUGCUGUUUCUUGUUCCAAUAAAUCAAUUAGAGUAUAUAAUAGAGAAACGUUACACUUGCUAAGGGAGUAUAGUGGCCAUCCUGGAUUACUUAAUGGAGUCAGAUUUGCUCAUACAAGUGACAAUACAUUGUUUUCAGCAUGCAGUGAUGGCACAAUAAAAUGUUGGGAUACCCGCUUAGCUACUCAGGAAACUGUACAGUUAUUCAGUGGUUAUCCAUCAAAUGUUUUCAUCAGCUUCGAUAUUAAUUGCAGUGAUCUCAUAGUUUGUGCUGGGACAGAAAAAGUUGAAGAGGACACAUUCAUGGUGUUUUGGGAUGCAAGAAGUAAUACAAACUAUGCAUGCACAGCUAAAGAGCCUUUAGGAACCUAUUCAGAGACUCAUAAUGAUGAUAUCACUAAAAUAUGUUUUCAUCCUCUUAAACCCAAUUUGGUAGCCUCUGGGUCAACUGAUGGAUUGGUUAAUGUGUUUGAUAUUAACAAGGAAAAUGAAGAUGAUGCUUUGCUUGCAACUUGUAAUUCAGAUUCAUCAGUAAGUUUUAUUGGUUGGUGUGGGAAAGAUUAUAAACAGGUAUAUUGCAUGACACACACAGAAGGAUUUUGUUGGUGGGAUCUUAGUCAAAUAGAUACUGAAGAACCAAUGACAAUAUUGCAGAUUCUGGAUGUAAGAGAAGUAGUCUGCAUUGAAACUAGCAACUUACACUAUCUGAUAGGUGGCUUGUAUCAUGAAAAGGCAGACAAAUUGUUUAUUGUUGGUGGAACAGCUAUGGGAAACAUUCACCUAAUGAAUUGUGGCAUUGAUGGACUGAGCCUUGUGGGCACCCUUCAUGGAGGGCACUCUGCUACAGUUCGCUCAUUCUACUGGAACAUGACAGAUGAUUCUUUGUUGACUGGUGGAGAGGAUGCACAGCUGUUGCUAUGGAAACCUGGAGCUGUGGAAAGAUCCCUUGUAAAGAAGACAUCUAUGAAAAUUGCUUCCUCUGUUCAGCAGCGAGUGAGAGUUCACAGCAACUCUCAAAAGCAAGACACAGUAAAAUUAUGAAAAUGGGACUGUUUAUUUUGUAGAAUUUUUCACUGUUCUAAACAAUGUAUUUGGUAUGGUGAUUUCUUGGCAGUGUGUGGCAAAUACAAUUUAGUAUGUAAAUUUCACCUAGAAAUGACAUGAUUUAUCACGACUUUUAAAAAAAAGCAAAUUAUAUUUAUUAAAAGGCCAAAGGGUAAACAUUUACUUUGUAUUUAUUGAACAAAGUGUCUUAAAAUAGUUUAUAUUUUUAUAUGAGAUUGUAUCACAGAGAUCUUGCAUUAGAAUAAAAAAACCUCAAUUUGUAUAUUUUAUAUUACGGCCUUUUACGAAAUGCUUUGGAUAUAUUUAAAAAGCUUUCAGAUUUUUAGCCAUCUUUUCCUUACUUGCUUUACAGAUAAUUUAGUGAAUGAAAUGGCUGAAUCUAUUAAAGACUUAGUGCACUUACUAAUUCUUAGAGGAAGAAUUUAUUGAUGGAAUAGAGAAAGGAUAUUGUUUUGCAUUUAUUAUCUCACUGUUUAAUGACAAGUAUGUAAACAGUUGUUCAUAGAACACAUUUUAUAACAGAAGAAUGAGUUCUAGAAAAUAGGAAUACUUAUUGUGUUCCAAACACCUGUAAUCUUUUUUUACACUUAUGAAAAAUGUUAUAAUUGAUGGUAGUUGGAGAUACAUUGCCAGAAUAGAAUGGGGUACCUUGCAGUUUUCAUAGAUUGGGUGUUUUGAUUAUAGAAAAAGUAAAAAGUAUCUCAAUGCUGACCUGGAGGCACCACAUAUAAAGACUGAGUAGGCCAGUCUCAUCGGGCCAUAAGAAUUGACAUACAUGAUCUCCGCAGUGCUCCGUCUAGUCCACUACCUGUUUUUGACAUACGCCAUCCCACAUGCUUCAUAGGAAGGUACAGAAAAAACUUAAAGAAUGUAGCUAUGGAAUAACCUGCUUUACAGUUUACUUCUGCCCUGCAACAUAUGUCCAGUAGGUAACUGGGCUCUCUACAGCACAAAUACUAGUCUCUGUGGAGACCUCUCUAGGAGCAACAAGAUUUCACUGAUCUUACCAACCCACCCUUGAGUGGUAUAAAAAUUGCCUUGCACCUCUUAAAUUGUUCAUUGUCUCAUUCUGCUUUGCUGGCAGAUUUUAACCUCUGUGCCUCUGACUCAGUGCACAGAAAGUUGCCUUUAUCUUAUUCAGCCCUUCCCAAAGUUGCAAUAAUAUUUGUAUCAAUUGUAUCAGUCAGUAAUUAUUAUAGAUUUAACAGAUAAGGUUAAUAUACUAAGUUUAAACAGACAAGAAUUGGUAUUUUACAGAACAGAGCAAGAAAUCAGAAGGCUUGCACAUUUAAUACACAAGUACUUUGAAGAUAUUUAUAGACUGAAUCUAAACUUGACUCUGCCCCAUGGUUUGAAGUAAAAAUGAUGUUUAAUUCAUUAUGCAUCAUGAGUAAUUUAUUUUCAGCUAUACCAGUAUAUGGUUACUAGUAUGUUACAAAUGUACCUGGAUUAAUCUCUUAUCAAAAUGAGUCCUGCCCAAAUACAUAUGCAUAACGUUUUUCUGAUAUUUAUAUUAAACUAUUUUAAUAUUUAACUAUUUUAUCUGUCCUUUGACCAUGAUGGUGUGAUUACAAUGUAUUUAUUAGCCCUAUAAUUCCUUUAAAACACUAUCAAUAUAAUGAAUUUCUGAAUGGUUUUUACCUUAUCAUCACAAGUUACACCUAUCAUUAAUAUAACUGAAAGAGUAGAAGAAAAAUUACUGUUCUGUAGCUUGAGUUUUCUUUGUGCGUUGGACUUAGUUUUUUGUUAGGUUGGUGUCACAGUUGCAGCGCUGAACAUUCCCUUCUGUUUUAGGGUACAGUUGCACAACUCUGCCUCUCAGAGCAGGCGUUCUGCUGCAGACAAACUGCCAUGGGGGCAUCAGCUAACACCUCUUUCAGACACAGUUGUCCAUAAAGCUUUCAGCAGGGAGAGGCUACAAGUGGUGGCCCAGUAAUAAUAUUGCCUUUCAAGCAAACGUCAGGGGAAGGAAUUCUUUGCUAACUCUUUCUGUUCUACUUUCUCCUUAUCCUUCCCUGCUUCUAUUUCACAGCUUGCUGUUUCCCAGACGUAACAGAAUUAUGGAAGACUGGGCCUGAGAAUUGAAUAAAACCCAAUAAUUUCCUUUCUGCUAGCAGUUUUCCCCUACAGUUCUACUCACUCUGGAUGGCUCAUUAGCAUUUUAUUAGGACAGUUUAUUAUUAAAUCAGCUUUUUAUUAGGGCAGAUACUAUACAGUUGCUUGCAGUACAUCAUUCAUGAAUUGGCAUUUGUUAAUAUCUAUGAGUUUUACACAGCUUCGGAAUGACUCAUUUAAAUGGUGGCAAUGACAGGAGAAGAUGUGACCAGUACAACUUUGGCACAUCUUUGAACCACCACUGGAUGCUGCAGAAUGAAGGGGAGCAGGGUAGUUGCUGCUACCAAAAUGGAAAUUUUCUUACCUGAUAAUUUCCUACCUGUGUGCCUAAAUGUAGAUUUCUAAAGAAAUGUGACCCGAACAUCUGUUUUCCCAUUUAACAGUUAUUUUUGCAUUCUAGUGGCUUGCUACUGACAUUCACCUUUUGAAACUCAUUACCAUUAGCAUCAGUUUGUUACUUAACAUAUCUGAUUUUUAGAAAUAUAUUUGUGCUAUAUUUAAAUAGCUUUCUUCUGCUAUGUUCCUUAAUCAGAAUUUUACUGGUAAUUGUUAUAAAUAAUUCAAAUUUCAGAAGAAAUCAAAAUAUUAUAUUUUAAAAAGGGAUACAAAUAUUUUCAAAAUUGUUCUUAGAAUAGGGCUAAUGCAACUAAUCUAUGCUCUUUAUUAUCUAGUCUAAUCAGUUGGAGCAGAGUAAAGUAUUUUCAAUCAUUUUCCCACCUCACAUUGCUUAGAAACAAUAGUUAACUUUAUAAUAAUAUUUUUAGAGUCUAGAAAAUGUUCAUCAGAAUUAGAACUGUUUUAAAGCAAGGCAAACGUUAAAGCUGGACUAUUUGACAUUGUGUUUAGCUUUUGCAGAAACCCUCGCACUAGUCUAGUUUCUUAUUCUGACUUUUCUUGCGGUUCCAAAAAAAGAGUGAAAGUAAUGGUUUACACAACUGUAAUCAUAAACACUUGAGAAAGAAAUGUCUGUGACGUAUUCAAUUCAAAUCAGUAAUGGAAGUGAAUAUAUUUCACUUUAAGUCUGCUCUACACAUUAUAGUCCUGCUUUUUAAAAAAGAAAUUGUCUACAGUAUGAUAUAAAUCUUAAAAAUAAUUCUGUUUUCAAAAUACCACUAAAAUAUUUUGAUUUUUUUGCAGUUGUCAGUUACUGAGAAAAUAUUAUGCUAUUUCUGGAGUUAAAACUUCCCACUGGAUGAAGCUAAAUUAAAUAUUGCUAAUAUUUGAAAGAUAAUACGGAUUUCUGAAUAAAU